UAGCUCAGCCUGGGCGCAGCAGCGGGGGCCUGAGCGUGGGCGCCGGAGCCGAACCUCGGGGAUGCUUCGGACUCCCGAGCCGCGGCCUGGGGAGGGGGGGGCAGCUAGCUGCAGCCCCCGGGCCGCGCCGCCCACCCAGUCCAAGCCGCUCACCUCCUUCCUCAUCCAGGACAUCCUGCGGGAAGGCGCUGAUCGGCGCGGAGGUCACGCGGGCAGCCCGCAGCCCCCGCCGCAGCCCCCGCGCCAGCCUGACCGGAGGCGAGACCCUGAGCCGGAGCCCGAGGGAGGAAGAGGCGGCGCCGGGGCGCCGGAGGACCAGCCGAGAGCCCGGCCCCGCGCUGCGCGCGGGGAGGCCGAGCAGCCGGCGGAGACCGAGCCAGAUAGGCACUUUGAGGCUUAUCUGUUGGACGCCUUACCGAGCCUGCCCCCAGCCCCCAAGCAGCCACAGAAGCGCUCCCGGGCGGCCUUCUCGCACACUCAGGUCAUUGAGUUGGAGAGGAAGUUCAGUCACCAGAAGUAUCUUUCAGCUCCCGAAAGGGCUCACCUGGCCAAGAAUCUCAAGCUCACGGAGACCCAAGUGAAAAUAUGGUUCCAGAACAGACGCUAUAAGACCAAGCGGAAGCAGCUCACCUCAGACCUGGGAGACCUGGAGAAGCAUCCUUCCUUGCCAGCUCUGAAAGAGGAGGGCUUCUCGCGGGGCUCCCUCAUCUCCAUGCAUAACACCUGCCCUUACUACCCCUACCUUUACUGCUUGGCAGGCUGGAGCCCAGCUUUCUGGUAACGCCUCCGACAACAACGAGGGAUCAAGAACUGCCUUCCCCAGGUGGCCCCUCUGGAAGGCAAAAGGGCCCGGGGUCAGGGAAGGCUGAGCAGGAAGAGACACGAGACCAAAACUGUUGGAGGUUUGCAUGGAAAUCCCAGAUUCCUCACUGGUGGGCCAAUGAAAGAUCUGGGACAGGGAAUGAUUUAAUAUCCAAAGAGUUCCCCCAACACAGAACGUAGGUCAUUUUUGCUUUUAGAGACCUGCUUGAAGUAGAGAGGGAUAAAGCCAAGUGCUGUUUCUAGCACUUUGGGUGAUUUUGUAGGGGGUGUCCACAUCACUUCCGAGGAUUCUGUUUCCUCCAACUCCACCCUCUUGUGUAACUGGGCAUCCACUCUGAAAGAGCACACCCGAAGGGGGAGGGG